GACAGACUACACGGAGGAGCAGCGAGCACAGGAGGAGACAAAAACAGACAAUCUCCAUCAUUAGGUGUGUCCACCAUGCAAACAAGACAAGCGUGAUGGGGAACCCUCAUCCUGAAGGCUAGCGGAGUCUUAUGAAGACACCUCGUGAAUUAGACGGCGAGGAAAAGGUCGGUAAAGCUCCUUAAGACAUGGGCUGCGGCGGGAGCAGGACCGACGCUCUGGAGCCUCGCUACCUGGAGAGCUGGACCAAAGAGACGGAGUCCACGUGGCUGACCAGCACUGACACCGACAUCCCGCUGUCGUCCAUCCAGAGCAUCCCGUCGGAGAACUCUGAGGCCUGCUUCGCUUCUGAGAAGACCAUCAGCCCAGUUCCAGAGUUUUUUGAAGAUGGCCUGCCGCCUCCCGCUCAGGCCUACCUUAAAGUCUGCUCGGCCGUGUCGGAGGCCAGCCUCAGCGACGUGAAGUCCGGAAGCCCUACCAAGAUGCUGGCCUCUCCGGCCCAGGAGGUGGCGCUGGCAUCCCCCGGGACCACGGUGCAACGCAGAAGUGUCCUGCACACUGAAGAGAUUACCAAAUGGCAGGACAACCGCAUGUCCACCAAGCAGGUGACCAUCAUGGUGACGCAGAGCAUCCACCAGGUGGACAAGAACGGCAAAGUCAAGAAGUCGCUCACCACCUACGAGGUCAUGAAACCCGCCGGCGAAACGGUCAAACAGGUGGCCACACUCAACACUUGAGGGAGCUGGGGCGAAGCCAAAGAAGAAGAUAAAAACUAGCAGGUCCUGGGAACUUAACACACACAAAUUACUUUGUGACCUAGCGGCAGAUUUAUGAACAAAUUCAUUGAUGUAUAUUUUCAUAGUGGACUGUUGCUGUGUUAUGCUGUAUUUUGCUCAUAGAAUAAGGGUGUUUAUAUUGUAUACACGACGAAUGUAUACGGCAAUGGACACUUUAAGAGCUGACCGAAUGGGAAGUUGAACGCUCCUCCACGCCUCCUAGUGGACAACUGCUGCAUUGUUCAUUAAGUCAAUCACGUUGAUGCUAACAAAUGGCCCGAAGGGAUUGUUGCAUUAUUGCUUUUUCUGGGAUUAUUGAACUCUUGCCUUAGCAUUCGCUAACUGAUGCAGUCUGUUGAUUAGCAUGCACAUCCUAAUUCGGGGAGAGGUGAUGACAAUAUUUGAAGACAAAUACUGUUUUUGCCCUUUAACAAUUUGUUAUUAUUAAAUUUAGUCACUGAAAUAUGUAGCCCCCAAAACCCUUUUAUUACCUAAUAUUUUUGUUUACAUUUCGAAUCAUCAUUACAUUAUAAAACAUAUAUUUUUGUUCAAAUGAAAUGUUUUUAAAUUGUAUUAAUAUAAUACAAGUAUAAUAUACUCUAUAUAUAUCAUUUUCUAUCAAAAUAAUUUCCAAUAUUUAGUAUUUAUUUUAACUUAAAUUAUGGCUACUAUAAAAGGGCUACCAAAGCUAAACCAUAAUGACUGUACAGCUCAGGGGUCUUAAACUUUGCCAUUUGCAAACUACAGGGCCAUAUUUAGUGGCCCUCCACUUAAUUCAUAGUUUAGUGCAUGGAUAUUCAAUAAAAUUUACAGAACGGUAAGCACCGGGCUGGUCCAGACUUUUCAAUUCACUAUUGGUCUUAUUUUGUAUAUUCCGGAAAUGCAGCAUUCUUUACAGUAGACAAUUUUGGUCUAUUUAUUUUGUCAGUUACAGGAGCGCUCUUCUGUUUUUAACGACGUUCUACAAAAAUCUAGUCAAAGGUCAUCUCUAUGAUAGCACUCGAGUGUUUUUAACAAUCUGCUGUAAAAAAUGUAAGUCUCCCACAAGUUUUUGAACUGAACUCACAGGCCACUCAUUGAAUAGAUGAAAAAGAGAGGACCUGAGAUGGAACCUUGAGGAACACCACUAUUAUAACUAAAUAAGUUGAACAAAUGACUACUGACUGCAUCUGAAAUUGUAAAUAAAAACAGAAAACAAUUAUUUGCAAAUCCUUUUCAACUUAAAUUUAAUUGAAUACACUGCAAAGACAAGAUACUUAACGUUCGAACUGGAAAACUUUGUUAUUUUUUUGCAAAUAUUAGCUCAUAUGGAAUUUGAUGCCUGCAACAUGUUUAAAAAAAGCUGGCACAAGUGGCAAAAAAGACUGAGAAAGUUGAGGAAUGCUCAUCUAACACUUAUUUGGAACGUCCCACAGGUGAACAGGCUAAUUGGGAACAGGUGGGAAGCCAUUUAUCAACAACACCCAGAAACGCCGCCGGCUUCGCUGGGCCCGAGCUCAUUUAAGAUAGACUGAUGCAAAGUGGAAAAGUGUUCUGUGGUCUGACGAGUCCACAUUUCAAAUUGUUUUUGGGGGAUGUAUGGUGUCAUUCCCAGGCCUGGUUUGGCCCCCGAGCCACGAGUUGACUAGCCCUGUUUUAGUGUAACGGCACACCCUGGGAAGCUGAUAAUUAAACAUAUUAUGGUAAUCUUGAAUCCCACUAUAAACACUAAAUACAAAAACGAUGCAAACACAAAAAGGACUGCACAACAAACACACAAAGAGCAACUUCCUGUCAGCAGGCAGAAGUGUCUCUGCCCACUCAACAGUGUCAAAAUAUAUAAUUUAUGCAUUCAAAUAAUGACUUAAAGCCUAACAUGAGUCUACCACAAAACAUGUUUCUUAACCGUAUACAUUGUUCGGCCCAGCCUCACCCAGGCUCUACCUCCAGUGUCCCCCCGGUAAACUAAGUUUGAGACCCCUGGUACACAUUGUGUGUUUUGAGAAACACGGUGCAUCCGGAAAGAAUUCCCAGCCCUUCACUUUUUCCAUAUUUUGUUAUGUUACAGCCUUAUUCCAAAAUGGGAAAAAAAUUAUGUUUGUCAUAAAAAUUUUACAGACAAAACCCCAUUAUGGCAAUGUGAAAAGUUUUUUUUGCAAUUUUUUGCAGUGUUUAAAAAAAAAAAUUACUAAAAACAUUACACACUGAUAAGUAUUCGCAUUUGCUCAAUAUUUUGUUGAUGCACCUUUGGCAGCAAUUGCACACUCAAGUAUUUUUGAAUACAAUACCACAAGCUUGGCACACCUUUCUUUGGCCAGUUUCGCCCAUUCCUCUUUGCAGCACCUCUCAAGCUCCAUCAGGUUGGAUGAUAACCGCUGGUUUUCAUCCAAAAUAUCUCUGUACAAUGCUGCAUUCAUCUCUGAGUUCCUGUCACUGAAUAACAACCCCACAGCAUGAUGCUGCCACCACUGUGCUUCACUGUAGGGAGGGUAUUGGCCUGGUCAGGGCCGGCCCGUGGCAUAGGCCGUAUAGGCAAAUGCUAAGGGCGCCGUCCAUCAGGGGGCGCCACGCCAGUGCCACAAAUGUUGGAAAAAAAAAAAAGUUGGUAUUAUUAUUUCUAAAUACAAAAAAAAAACACCCACGUUAAUUAAAAUGCAAAGUAAAGCCUAUUUAAUAGAAAUAUUAUUUGUUACAACAUUACGCCCCCCCCGCACGGUGCGCCCCCUCCCUUCCCGUAUCAUGACUCUUUUUGGACGUCACUACAUCAAAAAAUCAACACAAGAUGUCAAAACGGCCAAAACUGUCAGGUGCCCAGGGAAGAAAAAGGAGAAAAGAAGAGGAGGAGAAACGAGAAAAGACAGAGGUAGCAGGUAGGUAACGUUAGCCUACAUUAAAUUAUUUGUCUGUUACAGAAUGUGAUAGUAACCUGGCUUUUUAGCAUUAAGCUAAUGUUACAUGAUUCGGCAAUUGCUAAUCAAUAAAUAGCUAGUUCUGUUUUAACGUCCGGUUAAUACUGUGGAGGGGGCUAAAUUGUUAUGGAAAAUAAUAAUGUAACGUUAGGUAAUUACAGUACUCCCACCUUACAUUCCUCAGGGACAUUUGUAUUAGAUCUUUAAGCAGGUGUUUUUUGUUUACAUUGUUAUUGCCUUCUGGUUAGCUAAUGUUUGCCCUGCAGGUAAUAGUCACUUUUCCACCCCUUUAUAUAUUAGGUAUUGUUGUAAGUAAAAAAAAAAAAAAAGGUCAAAGACAAAGCUAUUCGGUUUCUUGUGAGUAUAUACACUUCACUGCCGAUGUGGGGGGGCGCCACCUAAAAUCUUGCCUAGGGCGCCAGAUUGGUUAGGGCCGGGCCUGGGCCUGGUGAUGAGUGGUGACUGGUUUCCUACAAACAUAACACCUGGCAUUCACGCCAAAGAGUUCAAUGUGUCUCAUCAGACCCAAGAAUUUGGUUUAUCACGGUCUGAGAGUUGUUAAGGUGCAUUAUGGCAAACUCUUUACUAAGAAAUAGCUUCCGUCUGGUCAAUACACCAUACAAGUCUAAUUGGUGGAAUGCUGCAAAGAUGGUUGUCCUUCUGGAAGGUUCUCCUCUCCACAGAGAAAUGCUGUAGCUCUGACAGAGUAACCAUCGUGUUCUUGGUCACCUCCCUGACUAGACUAGAUGAAUGCAGAAAUGACAUUCUGGAUGAAAACCAACGCUUCCCAUCCAACCUGACAGAGCUUGAGAGGUGCUGCAAAGAGGAAUGGGCAAUGAGGAAUGGGCAAAAACUGCUCAAAGAUACAGUAGGUGUGCCAAGCUUGCGGCAUCGUAUUAAAAAUAAAAAAGACUUGAGUGUUAUGUACGCGAGGGGUGGAAGGAGACGAAACCAUGAAGAAACUCAGGUUACCGGGUUUAUUGUAACCUUUGAUGAGUGUGUGGGAGGUGUAUGCUACUCUAUGUGUUUGUUGCAGGGCUAUGUGUGAUCUUAACCAUGUAAAUAAUUACAGACGACGUUGUAAGUGCGUGAUGGAUGAAUCCUUCGACAGUCCAAGAGGGCGAGGCAAAAAGGAAGUCCGUAAACAGGCAGAAGGUCGAGGGCAGGAGAGAAGCGACAAGGUCCGUGUCCCGGCGAGGGUCGAGGAUCGAGGGAGGCAGUCCAAAGUCCGGAGGGAGGUCGAGGGACAGAGCUCGAGCACACGGGACAAGGCGGGUACUGCGGGAGAAACAAGGAACAUGAGACGAGGAGGACAAGAAGAACAAGUUCUAGGACAACAGGAGGGAAGCCAGAGACGUGAAUGCUUACUACGAGGAGUUAGCAACGUUCCGACUGGUCGUUAUGCUGUCCUCCUGAUUAAUGACAGGUGCGCUGAUCGCAGACAAUCUGCAGCUGCGGCGUUGCGUGGGCUUGAAGCGUUCGGCGCGUGCGGGGGUGUGUCCUCGCAUACUACCAGUCAGAGUGUUGGUGGAUCUAGCUGCAGGAGAAUUGUGGGUUCGAGACCACGCCAUGACAUUGAGGCUGUAAUUGCUGCCAAAAAAUCAAAGAAAUAUUGAACACAGGCUGUGAAUACUUAUGUACAUGUGUUUGUUUGUUUUUUAUUUUAAUACAUUUGCAAAAUUUAAAAAAAACAAAAAACUCUUCACAUUUUCAUGCAGCAUUGUGUGUAGAAUUUUGAGGACAAAAAAUAAUUUAAUCCAUUUUGGAAUAAGGCUGUAACAACACAAAAUGUAGAAAAAGUGAAGCACUGUCAAUACUUUCCGGACGCACUGUAAUUUGCUUCCUUUUUAACGUAUUCAAAAAACAAUUAAAUUGAAAAAUGGCCAUUGUUGUUCACUGUGAGGAAAGUUUGAUAUAACACAAAAACUGUAUGAAAAACAAAUACUGUACCUAGUGUCAAAUCUAUAACAACACAAAGUGAAUGGAUGGAUUUUAAUGACUUGGCACAAUUAAAACACUUUUUUUUAAAGGGUGAAAGGGUAUAACUGUGUAUUCAAUUCACAAAUAAAUAAUUUUUAGUAUUGAUAAAAGGGCCAAUAUGUAAUUUUUGCUGUGUCUCAGGAUGCUUGAUGGAAGAUUGCACUACCUACAGUGAAGUCUGGCCAAUUUGUUUGCUAUCUUAUGUGUUGUUUGUACUUCUGUCAGGAUUUGUGUUUUCUAAUUUAAAUAAAACUGGUCUAUGUCUCAGUAACUAGCAGAGGUGGGACCAAGUCAUUGUUUUGCAAGUCAUAAGUAAGUCUCAAGUCUUUGCCCUCAAGUAUCGAGUCAGGUCCCGAGUCAAGACAGGCAAGUCCCGAGUCAAGUCCAAAGUCAAGACUGGAAAGUCUCAAGUCAAGUCCCA